AUGGGCGGACUGUUGACGCUCCAUUCUUUCGAAAAGGUCUUCCCUGAAAUCGCUACCAGCAACGCAGCGGUUGCAGGCUUGACCCGGGCCGAAAAAAACCACCGAUCUACCAUUCAAGGUAUCUCGGUCGCAUCAUAUAACCUCGGAUGUUUCGUUGGCGCAAUUGCUUGUAUCUGGGUCGGUGACAGACUCGGCCGUCGAAAGACCAUCUGGCUGGGCUCUGUUAUCAUGGUCGUUGGUGCUACUCUGCAGGCCUCUGCCUUUGGUCUCCCACACUUCAUCGUCGGUCGUCUUGUAACUGGUGUCGGCAACGGCCUGAACACCUCCACCGUACCAACAUGGCAGUCCGAAUGCUCCAAAUCCCACAGACGAGGACAGCUCGUCAUGGUCGAAGGUGCUCUGAUCACAGGAGGUAUCUGUCUCAGUUACUGGCUGGACUUUGGAUUCUCCUUCCUCGAACCCAGCUCGGUCUCAUGGCGGUUCCCGAUUGCAUUCCAGAUCGUUUUUGCCCUUAUCAUCAUGUUCGUAGUCAUGGGUCUGCCAGAGUCUCCUCGAUGGCUCGUUCUCAAGGGCCAGGAGGAUGAAGCUAUGAACGUUUUGGCUGCACUUAGCGAUUUGGACAGGGAGGACAGAUUUGUCCACUCGGAAUUCUCUGCUAUCAAGGAUACGGUCAUUGAGAUGCAGAAGGGCAGCUUCAAGGACCUGUUCACCAUGGACAAGGACCGCCACUUGCACCGUGUCAUUCUCGCAUACGUCAACCAGAUGUUCCAGCAGAUUUCCGGUAUCAAUCUCAUCACAUACUAUGCCGCCACCAUUUACGAAGGAAGCAUCGGUCUCAGUCCAUUCCUUUCGCGAAUUCUGGCAGCUUGCAACGGUACCGAGUACUUUAUUGCAUCCUGGAUUGCCGUUUUCGUCGUUGAAAGAAUUGGCCGUCGUAUGCUCAUGUUGUUCGGUGCUGUGGGCAUGUCCCUCUCAAUGGCUGUCCUUGCCGUUGCUACCAGCUUCAAGCAUCAAACAGACGCCGGUAUUGUCGCAGCCGUCUUCCUCUUCGUUUUCAACACUUUCUUCGCCAUCGGCUGGCUCGGUAUGACAUGGUUGUACCCUGCAGAGAUUAACGAACACCUGCUAAUCGCCCAUAUUUACCAGGUCCCUCUGCGAAUCCGUGCUCCAGCCAACGCCUUGGCCACUUCAGGAAACUGGAUCUUCAACUUCAUGGUUGUCAUGAUCACACCCGUUUCUUUCUCCUCGAUCGAAUACAAAACAUACAUCAUUUUUGCAGCUAUUAACGCUUUCAUCGUUCCAGUGGUCUACUUCUUCUACCCAGAGACGGCCUACCGCUCCCUCGAAGAAAUGGACUCUAUCUUCAGAAAGACCAAGUCAAUCUUUACUGUGGUAAAGGUAGCUCGCGAGACUCCAAGACGAUAUGGCAAGAACGGUGAAGUUCUCAUCAACUAUGAUGAGACAGACGAGCACAGGACUCGUGCCGGGGUCACCCAGGAGGAGACGACGGCAUCAUUCCCCGAGAAGAGCAAUGCAAACCCAGACCAUGAUGCUGAAACUGGUAACUCGAAUAGCCCGAGCAACCAGAGCACAGCAUAG